AUGCCCCCUCCGUCGCCUCCGCAGCCGUAUCCAGCUCGCAACCCAGCCGGAUCUUUAUCACAAACCUCACAAGGCUUGUUUCCUCGUGAUCACAGCUUCGGAUCGAUACACCGUCCUGGAACGAGCAUGUCAAUAUCGUCAAUGCUCGGAUCAGACCCUGAUCGGCCGUCCCGCGAUCAUCCAGCCUCGCUCUUCUCAAGGCCAUCCGUGUCGACAUCUUCGUUUGGAGCUUCCCGAAAUUCUACGGGCGCAAUGUCUCCACCAACCGCGCCUGCCCGGCCUGCGUCGUCUAUCGACCACCCUUUAAUGCGCCGCUCCGAAACCCCAGACAAACCAUUUGCCAAAGAAACACUCUCCCGUCAGUCCUCGAGAUCUGACUCUAGUGGAUUUCCAGACUCGACGAAAUUCGCUUUUGGUCGAUCAUCUUUCUCACAGUAUCCCGACAAAUCAACCAAUAGUCAAAAGUCCCCUACCACUGCUACCUCUUCCGAUCCACCCUUCAGUCACUCUCGCCGAAUGAGUCUCAACAGCACUAUUCAACGACCCAGCAGUCAACCACAACAAGAAGAAACUCGAGUAUCCGCAUAUAGUCCUCGGUCCCGAACGUCUGCCGACAGUAUUUUCGGAAGUACGCGCCGUAACCCAUCGUAUCUUGACCACGAUGCACGUCCUAGAUAUGGUGGCAUAUACUCAGACAGAGCUCGAGAGGAACAACUGGCGCGGGAACGAGAGAAAGAGAGGAAUGCGACCCUUGAGGCGGACAGAAAGCCAGCAUUUGGAUUUCUACAUGGUAGAUAUGGAGUUCCUCCGGUGGAGCGGGAUGAAGAUCGACCUCAAAAGCGUUCGUCAUGGGAGAUUGGUAGAAGCCAACCCCAGUCCCCCGAGGCGCGACGAUUUACAACUGCCUCUGAGUCGGGUUCCGGAUCAAGUUUUGGAUUUGGCGCUAUUCAGAGUUAUACCAAGUCUCUUGGUUCGCAAUUAGGCACAAGAAGCGCUCCUGCAGCCCCGCCACCCAACUCGAGUUUCUCGCUUCAUUCUCGCCAAAGCCAACCGACACCGCCUCCCCAUGAAUCUUUCCUAGGGAAACAUCAACCACAGCCUCGUCCACUUUCCGUCACUUCUGCACCUUCCAGCAGCCAACCAUCGCUUGGAGGACCGGGGCCAGCAGUAACCGACGAUCAGCGUAGGAAGGGCAGUGAUGAUCUGAUGCAACACCGAACUCUACUAGGAAUAGGUGCAGACGGCAAACGUGCUGGACGUGCAUCACCUUUACCUCAGGCUGUACAAGGAGCUCAAGCCCAAUUCAUCGGUUCUGCUGGAGAGUCUGGCCUCAAAGGAGAACUAGGCCGAGUGUUUGCGGGUAUUGGCAGCGGCGUGGGGACAGGUCCUUCGAGUUCAACAGGAAGCGGCCCUUCAACUCCGAUGACUGCAAGCCCUUUCAAACGAGAUGGCUACGGUACAUCCGAAAAUGUCGAUGAGGGCAAAGGUGGUCGCGGUGGUGCUACUCUGGGGAGGAAGCGAAGCGCAAAGGACGAGGAGCCUGCAGGUGACAUCGGCGAACAGACUCAAGCAACGCGAGGUGGAUCUCGUCGAGGUCGGCAUCUCCAUCAUCACCAUCAUCAUCAUCACCACCAUCGAUACAAAAAUGAGGAUGAGGGUGUUAUACCACGUAUGACUACUGGAGCAAGUGCUUUAGGCCAAGGCCCUGCACCCCUUGAGCAGGUAGUUACGGGACCAUCUAUGACACCGGCGCACCACCACCACCAUCAUCACCAUCACCACCACGCGCCACGUAACGUGUCAACUAAUAUUACUUCGGCUCCUUCCAAUCUUCCGCUACGGGAUGCUCGAACGCUGGUUAAUGUUGAGCCACUAUUGACAAGCGUCGCUCAUCUACCACGACACCAUUUGGGCUCAACUUUGUAUUCGCCACGUAUCGGCGUGCCAAGUGCAAACUCAUCUGGAGAAAGUCAAAAGUUCGGAUAUACUAGUACCCCAGUUCCUAUACCUCGAUUUGAAGGGAAAGACAACUGCACAUUUACCAUUCGUGUACCUCGUUUCCGUAUUGAUCCAAAUCACCGAGAAGAGAUUUGUGCACGUCGAGCCGUCUGGGGUACCGGAGUUUAUACCGACGACUCAGAUCCUGUAGCUGCUGCCAUCCACUCCGGGUAUAUCCGCGGGGCAUGGGGCGAAGAUGUCGAUAUUUCAAUGCUCGAUCUCGAGAUCAAAAGCGACUAUCACCAUGCCCCACAAGCGUCCGGUGAGACAGGAACGACAGCAAAGCUAUCAAUCCCACCUGUCCCUCCACCAAACAAAGAUCUACACAUCACAUUACUCAUUUUACCACGACUGGAACGUUACGAGUCCACUCUCAUGUUUGGUCUCAAGUCCCGCGCCUGGGACGGAAACCACGACGGCAUGAGCUUCAAAAUUGAACGCAUCGAAUGGGUAGACGAAGGAUCAACCCGCGGCGAAGAGCGUAGCGGAGCCGCUCGACGAAAGCGGCUGCGCAAUAUGAUGCAAACCGGACGAAUUUGUACGGGACCGGGUCUGCUACGAAUGCGUGGAGCUGCGGGCUCGGUGCUUGGUGGUAGUUCUGACAUGGUUAAUCGUCAGACUCCUGCGUCGGCACCGGUGCAACCUGUAUCAUAAUAUAUAUGAAUUCAAAAGGCGUUCUAGG